AUGUCCAAGGCAAUCCUGAUCACCGGAGCCACUGGCAAACAGGGUGGCUCAGUUAUAAACGCACUCCUGCGUGCCAAAGCCGACUUUCAGAUUCUCGCUCUGACGCGUAAUGCUGAGGGAGUUUCUGCGAAGCGAUUGUUGGACAAAUCUCCAAAGAUCAAGCUGGUGGUCGGCAACAUGGACGCUGCCGACAGUAUCUUCGCGAAAGCCAAAGAAGCGUCGAAUGUCCCGAUAUGGGGGGUGUUCAGCGUACAGACUGCUAUUGGAGACGGCGCCAGUGUCCAGUCCGAAGAGCGGCAGGGGAAGGCCCUGAUCGAUGCCUCCCUCAAGGCCGGGGUCAAACAAUUUGUCUAUUCGUCUGUCGACCGUGGCGGCUCCUCCAGAUCAGACCAAGAUCCCACAAACGUUCCUCACUUCGCCAGCAAGUACAAUAUCGAACAAUAUCUCUUCGAGAAGACCAAGAACCACGAGAUGGAUUGGACCAUUCUUCGACCGGUGGCCUUUUUUGAGAACCUCGUGCCUGGCUUUUUCGGGCAAGUCUUCACAACGAGCUGGGCUCGGAGUCUGAGGAAAGAACAGAAACUUCAGCUGAUCGCGACGAGCGACAUCGGGUUCUUUGCCGCCGAGGCGUUUCUGAAGCCGGAGCAGUACAAAAGCACCAAGCUCUCGCUGGCCGGCGACGAACUGACUUACGACCAGUUCAAGAAGAUCUUCGAGCAGAAAACCCGCACACCGCUGCCGACCACCUACUUCUUUGUGGCCGCCCUGAUUAACUGGAUGGUCAAGGACCUUGGAUACAUGUACACGUGGUUUCAUGAUGUCGGUUAUGGGGCUGAUAUAUCAAGCUUGAAGCAGCUCAAUCCGGGUCUGAAGGACUUCAGCACCUGGCUAGAGACUGAGAGUCAGUUCAAGCAGACGUGA